AUGUCGAAGGAUUCGACCAUCGAAGAGACGAAGCAGACGAUCGUGCAACGCUUCAGAGCAUGGGGUGAAAACUCGUUCCCUCCUACCCUGCUCGCCUCGCUCAUCACCGCGCAACAUGCUCGCCCAUUCCAGGUCUUCCCCAUGCUUUUCACUCCCGUCCUCCUCUUCACCAGCUAUGCCAACCUCCAAGGAUUCAAGACCGAUACCGCUGGUAUCAGCGCUGCGUGGUCUGGCUUAUACUUGCUUCUGGCCAGCCGCCGGCGCCAACCGAUGACGAAGAAGUUUGGAGUUCGCGGCGUGGUGCGCGGUGGAACAAUGGCUCUUUGCUUGGUGAAUAUGGUCGCCGGUGGACUUGCCUACACUCUUGGCAAGCGUGAGGAUGGAGAGGAUUCGUGA